CAACUGCAGCGUCACUAUCACAACCUUCCAAACCCAAAAAGAUCUCGUAUGGACGAGGUGGAGGCAACUAUAUCAAGGUCUCAGAAAAGAAGUCUGCAAGCGGGGCAGCCGACAAGGUGUCGACCUCCAAGAAGAUCAUCGAAGUCGAGCCACCACGCCUAAAGGCGACGUAUUCUGGUCGAGGAGGCGCAGGGAAUGGAUGGGUGCACGUCGUAGAAGACGGGGUGUUUGACCGUGUCAUGCAAUACGAACUCGGCAAGGCCAAGGCCUACAGAGCAGAAAAGGACGCCAAACGGCGCACCCGCACCGACUCCAAUGCAAAGUCUACAAAAGCCUCGUCAGUCGGGUCAGACGACUGUGAGUAUCAUCCAACCAACCUCACCACCGAGGUCGUGAGAGAGCCAUUGUUUAAUAUGCAAUCCUCCCCAGCGCAAUCUAGAUUGUCAAUUAGGCAGUCCUGGGCGUCAAAGUCUUUGGUUGAUUUCAGCUCGACUCACGCCUCAGCUCAGCCCGAUGCGGCAUCGGUGGUUCACCAACAGCAACGCAAAUCACUUCGAGAGACUCUCCUCGCUCCGCUCAAGACGACGUUUACACGCCAACCCAAAUCUACAACCUCUCCCACGACGAUUCGGGAUGAUAGUUCUUCCUUCUUUGCGGGCUCCUCCACAGAGCUGGGCCACCCCAGAGGAGGGGAAGGGAUGAACGAUGAUGCGGCGUUCUUGGCCUCGCCCAUUAGCCCCGUGAGCCCUAUUAUCCUUGAAGAAGAUGACUAUUACGAUGGGUAUCCUCCUGCAAGUCCAGGAGGUACCGAAGAUACCCACUCUGCAGUGACGCCCAGCACGGCUGAGAUGAUGGGCGAGCUCCUUCCUCCCGGUCAUAACAGCGCUAUCUCCGCGUACGAGUCGAGUCGGGUGUCCACCACCAAUGCCUUCGCCUUCGACUCCAUUGCCGCCUCUUCCCUCGUUCUCGCUUCCUUCCUCGUCGCCUCUCUCGUCGCCUUCUACGCCAAUUACGAAUAUUGCCUCCCAGCCUCCUUGACUCCCAUCAACGUAGCCUCACCGUCCACGGCACCGCCGCCUCUUCCAUCGGUCACUCUCAACCCUAGUUCCAAUAAUGGAGAUAUUGAUGUAUCUAUUGCCAAGAGAGAGGUUGCUCCGGUCAAGACGCAGGUGAUGUUACGGACGGUCAGCUCCAGUACCACCUCGUCAUCGUCAUCGUCGAAUGACCGGCUAGCCGUUCCCGGCGUGAACGGGCUACCUCCACCAAUCCCUGGGCGUGCGCCCAACCGCAGAAUGUACAACGCCUCCAUUGCGGCGCGGAGUGCAGGUCAUUUACCAUUACCCGUAAUCUCGUCGUUCAACUUUAGAGAUGCGAGGGAGGCGUCAAUGUACGAUGAUUCCGAGGUGGACCGAGUAGACCCGUUCCUUGCGCGACUGGGACGACAGAUUCAGGCUAAGGAAAAGGAGGGGGGAGGAGAUGGGACCAACAAGUCGUUCGAAUCACUUCUACCUUGGAUUGAUGUACCUGAUUCGUCGGCGCUCUCGUCGACUUCUGAUAUUUCCAUACCUUCUAUCAACGACUCGAGGCCGGAACUGGUGUCCGGCUGA